AUGGCACCCUCAAAGGACCAGCUCAUGGAGACUGCCGCCCAGGCCCAGCUCGACAUGAACACCUAUCAGUCCAAGACGGGCAACGCGCGCCCCCAGGGCAACGACGACGCCGGCGUCUCUUCAGUGCAGACCGAGAACCGCUUCCCCGGGGCCUCCGUCACGGUGCAGGGCGACCCCGCCAACAACGUCUCGUACAAGCCCGAGCAGCCGGCCAAGGACCCGGCCUACGACGACGACGAUGUCGUCCCCGCCAAGAAGAUCUCGUCGCUCGGCACGCAGGACCGCAAGGACGACGUCCUGCUGCAGGGCGAGGGCGCCGUGCGGAACAACGUUGGCACCAAGCCGCCCGGCGUCGGUGGUAACAAGUUCCCCGGCUCCGACUACUACACCCCCGAGAGCGUACCGGAUAGCAUUUCGGCGGAGGGCAACAUCGCGCCAGAGAGCGUGACGCAGGCUUCUGCCGAGGCCGAGAACCCUCGGUAA